AUGAAAAAAUACUGUUUAUUCUCCAUAUUAUUCACUUUAAAAACAGCUCUUGGUCAAAAUGACUGUGUCACUCCUCUUGAGCUUCAAACAUGUAUUGACACUUGUGGUGCGUUAUUCCCUCUGGAAUCUGAAGUUUCCAAUCUCUACACAGCGUUUCAAAAUAACGGCGGAUCGACCAAUGAAUUAUGUACUUCUGUUGCCAAUGUUGAGUCCAUCACUGGUCACUGUCUUCGAUGCACAAAGUUUUACACAAAUGAAGUGUUUCUUUCUGAAGACAGCGUGACUAUGUUUGAAGGUGCCUUGACUACUUGCGGAUAUUCAGUGCCUUCUUAUAACUUUUGUAACAGUGGUGACUCUUCAUCUUCUUCUGAGCCUAUUGACACCGAGUCUUCCUCCACUACCGAACCUGUUGACACCGAGUCUUCCUCCACUACUGAACCUGUUGACACCGAGUCUUCCUCCACUACCGAACCUGUUGACACCGAGUCUUCCUCCACUACUGAACCUGUUGACACCGAGUCUUCCUCCACUACCGAACCUGUUGACACUGAGUCUUCCACCACUACUGAACCUGUUGACACCGAGUCUUCCACCACUACUGAACCUGUUGACACCGAGUCUUCCUCCACUACUGAACCUGUUGACACCGAGUCUUCCUCCACUACUGAACCUGUCAACAGCGAGUCUUCCUCCACUACUGAACCUGUUGACACCGAGUCUUCCUCCACUACUGAACCUGUUGACACCGAGUCUUCCUCCACUACUGAACCUGUUGACACCGAGUCUUCCUCCACUACCGAACCUGUUGACACCGAGUCUUCCUCCACUACUGAACCUGUCAACAGCGAGUCUUCCACCACUACUGAACCUGUCAACACCGAGUCUUCCACCACUACUGAACCUGUUGACACCGAGUCUUCCUCCACUACUGAACCUGUUGACACCGAGUCUUCCACUACUACUGAACCUGUCGACACCGAGUCUUCCACCACUACUGAACCUGUCGACACCGAGUCUUCCACCACUACUGAACCUGUCAACAGCGAGUCUUCCACCACUACUGAGUCCGUAGUUUCUGAAUCAGUCACUGAGCCACCGACCAAUUCCGAAUCUGAGCCGAACAAUGGCAAGGAAACUGAGACGGAGAGUUCAAGCGAAGAAAAGGAUCCUGGAUUUAAUGAAAUCAUCACCUCGACGGUUGUCAUUUCUUGCAAUGUAUGCAAAACCAAGGUGACUACUAGUACCGGGCUGACUACAGUCACAAGAACAUCUGGAGGAAGCGUGGUUACAGUUACUGAGCCGUGCACAACCACGAUUACUGAAGUGGAAUCACCGAUUGUUACCAGCGGAGUAACUAGCUUUGUAUCGGUUUCUCAGUCGACUCUCAAGGUUACGACAGUGACUAAGCCUUGCACGGUUUGUAAGACAGUUGUUACAACAAGCACUGGGUUGACGACCUAUGCAAAGACAAGUGGUGGUUCUGUUGUUACUGUGACUGAGCCAUGCACGACUACAAUUGUUGCAGUUGAAUCUCCAAUUGUUUCUGGCACGGUUACAAUGUUUACUAAAACAACAGUGAACAAUGGUGGUGCUGCUGGUGGUGGGUCGACCAAGACCACGCUGGCCACUUCAAAGGCUUCGACUAGCGCAGUAGGUUCUGCAUCAGCAACAUCUUCACUUUUUAGUCAGGCCAAUAAUGGUAUGGUUAUGAGUGUUGGUGCAACUCUUCACUUAUUUUCCUUUAUUUUGCUUAUGUUUGUUUGA